UUGAACACAAACAGUAGCGGAAUUUUGUUACGAGCGCAGCGGAAACAGGUCUUCUAUGUUUGAAUGUUACCGGGAUCUUUGGUUGUUCUUUCUCUAGGUUUUAUAGUCUGUUGGCAAAGUGGUCAUAAAUUGUAGGUUGAAUCGCUAAAGGGUUCGUAAUAAUUGAGUUAGGGCAGAGGCUGUUAGUCAAUAUUAUUUCCAAUCCCAGAAUAUUGUUACAGCCUGCCCUGGAUGUUCUUAUGCUCAACGUUCGGAGUGCUGUUUCUGAAGUUUGGUGGCUGAACUGGAGCUGUCGCUGAAUAGUCGCAGUAGUGGACUCGCUGCACUCGUCGCUACGCCUAGCCACCCUACUCGUGCGUAUCGAUCGGACGAAUACUACGUAAUGAAUCAUGAUGAUCACGUCCUAAGCUCCGUCAUUCAGUGGUCACAUCAAGGGUUAUUUCGUGUAUCCUAUACGCUAAUGGAUAGGACAUUCCAUAAGAGUGAAGUGGAUCCUUUGGCCGAGCUGCUUCAGGCUGUACUGUGAGGUGAUAAUUCCGAAAAAGGCAGUGGGACUUAUCAGCGUGACCUGGAUCUGGCUGAGCUGUGUAACACCUGCCCUGGGACAGAAUGUCGUCGGCGGCCAUCAUGCCGAUCAAAUGCGGAUAUCGGCACAGCCCUCCAAGGCUUGUACUCUGCUACAAACAGGGUGGAAAGACGCGGCAACGGACAAUGCCAGUUCGCAAUUCAAGCCAGACAGACAGCACUUCCCAACUGGUUGAUCAGCUGUUGAGCCGACAUGCAGACUACCUUACAACAGUGCCCCGUCAACAGAUUCAUAACCUGGUCGAAAGGCUGCUGGACAGGAAGAGUACGGUACAAAUGCCUGGCAAAUCUGAAGCCACAACAGCUAAGAAAGCAGUGGCAUCGCUUCCCUCACGACCCAUCAAUAGCAGUUCUUCAUCAGAUGAAGAUGAUGACGCAGCCCGAGACCGUCACCAAGUUGCAAGUCCGGUAGGCAGCGGUUCUGCCUCUCCGACUUGGAAAGUGGCAACGCCAACCAUCAACCUGAGCAGUAGCAGCAGCAGCAGUCUCGAAGAUUUCUCCCGGCAGAAGACUCGUGCACCAGCUGGGGCAGGUGGUAUCAAUGAUGAUAAUGAUGAUGACGACGAUCCUCUCGGUUUGGCGAACAUCACAGCAGCAAGAUCAGGCUCGCUGACCACUCGCAAAACGGAACCUUCGAGAAAGACUGAGCAACCCAACGUGAGUGCUAAGCAAAGCAGUGACAGUGACGAUGAUUCCUUUGCUGGCCUGCAGCCGAAACAGGAACAGCAAGACCGGUUGUCCGCACAUGUCGGUAAGAAACCCCACGUACAGUUCAGCACCGGCCAAGACCAGGUGUUUGAAAUCAGUCGCGACGGCAGCAGCAGCGACGGCAGUCUCUCUGAUCUGGGACUCUCUGACGUCCAGACUGGUACAACGUCAUCCGGUAAGGCCGGCGGCGUCUCGACUGAGACACGGCCAAGUGGCUUGACGCCUUCGGACAAGGAUAGCACGAAGCAGGCGACGAGCGCUAACCAGGCGCCCCCGCUCACCAGCACGCCUCGCAAAGGGGCUGGCCCACUCGGCUCGCUACCGUCCCUACCCGGCUUAUCCCCACUGCCCAGUCUGGCUAACACAGACAACGCCAGCAAGAAGAAAACGAAGAAGAAGGCUGGAAAGGACAAGGCGAAAUCGGGCGGAGGAAAGAAAAAGAGCAUGGACGCUCUUCUUGGUUUGCUGGAUGAUGACGACGAUGAUAUCGAUGAGGAUGCUUUGCCAACCAGCCCUCGCUGCAAGUCUGAUCCAGCGCCGAGAGACAGUGACUCGGAUUCGCUGCUAGGCGGGCUAGCGAAAGGAGGGCAACAUGUGCAGGCAAGAAGUACGGAGUCCAAACGUGUACCUCAACACGUCCAACCCAGCACGAGAGGAACACAAGAUGUGCGUUCUCCGGAGCCAAGCGCUUCUUCGGCGAGCGAUUUGGAUUCGUUCGGAUCUCCUAUUCAAAAGCGAGCUGCAAGAAAUCUAGAUCCUGCUCCAGCCUCCAGCCCAGCACAGCCAAUGUCCGCACAGCAGCGUGACUUGACUGGUUCGGCGGAAGACUCGCCUUCUGAAAUGUCGUUCGGCGAGCCCUCGAAGCCGAACGCCGCCAAUAGCACAUUGCCCGCCGCGCAAACACUCUCUUCAGGUUCCAGCCUCUCGUCUCUGCUAUCGGAUAACGAAGCCCAAGACAUUGACGAAAGUGAUGAUGUCACCCCGCCGUCGGUACACGCCGACGAGGAUCUGAACAAACUUGACAAUGAAACACUCGCUGCCAAGAAGCGUACGAUGGACAAAGGUUUCGAAACAAACCGUGUCAAGCCAGGAGACCCUGGCUUUCAGUACGACGUCGAGGAGGACUUUGGUGAUCCUGUCGCCGAUGGUGACUGCGGCUGGGAUGAGGAUGACGAGGACGAUGAGUGGUAAUAUUUCUACUCUCAUCACCGGGAUGACAAACAGGACGAGUAGUAAUAGAUGUACUCUCAUCACCGGGAUGAAUAAGAUGACGAGUGGUAAGAUAUCUACUCUCCGUCACCGGGUGCUCGAGUAGUGGUGUUGGCAUGCGGGCGGAACUGCAGGCUUGAGAUUGUUGAUUAGCUCUCCAGCCAUGCAUACCAUAUCCUGAUUCGGGAACCUCUCAACCACUCUCACAUUCAUGUUGGCCUGCGGGGCUGUGCUCCACCAUCAUGCUUUUCCUCGUGAUGACGAUAAAUCAAUGUUUAUCUUUCUUGAAUUUGCCACCCUGAGAUUGACGUGUGUGUAAGUGAAUAAUUAUAUUUUACGUUUGACUGGUAACCAUGUACAUACGGAUAUACUGAAUGUCACCAAAAUUCUUGUGGCAAUUUCCCAGUCCAUUCUAGAUACUUGACCUACUUGCCUGUGAAAAUUCAAUGUUCGAUGACUGUGCAACGUUGAUAUGGCAUGAUUGAAUCAAGCCCGCCCUGAGUACAACAGUACGAGAUAGCGGUAGCGACUCCAGUUCGCUUGGAGGUGACAGCGUUGUGAUGACCGAGAGUCCUCAACGCCUGUUCUACCUAUCCAUUAAUGACACUCACUUACGCCGCUAUCUAGCGUUCAGAAGAUGUUUGUCGCGCUGGAAAAGAAGUGUCUCUGUAAGUUUGCUCCCUGACGAUGUUUUUGGCCUGGAAAGCACUAUGGAAGCGAUGAUCAUUCA